GGCACAACUCUCCGGUCUAUCAUAAAGUGUAGGAUGUUGAAGUUGACUGCACCCGAAAAAAUAGACAAGAUAUCAUCGGAAAUAUUGUCGUAGAGAUUGCAGUUGUGGCAAGAUCUUCGUCUUAAGAAUGGACAGCAGCGGCGAUAAUAGCAAUAGACUCGUGCUCGAUGAUAUCCGUGAAUUAAUUAUUAAGGAUGAGCCCAAUGUUGAAAUUGACAGUCUAGAAGAAGAACCAGGAUCGGGUAGAGGAGAUAACUAUACUUCGAUGUUAUAUCGAGUCCGAGCAAAAGGGCGCAAGCUGUUGAAAAACGAGGAAUACAUCAAUUACGAGUGUGCCAUCAUUUACAAGAUAUUACCAGAAUCCAAGAAACGUCGCGAGGCGUUCAAGAGCGAGUUACUGUUCAGGAAUGAAGUCGUAUUUUACAAGCAUGUGUGGCCCGCGCUGAACAGACUACAAAUGAAUGGUAGAAGAGUGUUCAGUGGAGUACCUAAGAUCUACGCCGCUAGAGCUAAUCUUAUUGCUAUGGAAGAUCUGAGACAGAGAGGUUUUAAGAUGGCAGAUAGACGGAAAGGAUUGACGGUGGAAAAUUUAGAGCACGUGUUGAAGGCUCUAGCGGGCUUUCACGCUCUUAGCUUGACAUUAAAAGAAUUCAGGCCGGAACAGUUUGCAAAUUUAACGAAUCCGGAACAUGAUCAAGGUAUACAAGAAACUUUAUUUCGACGGGAUAACAAAGAUUGGUACCGUCAGUAUUAUCGCGUGGCUGCAAAUAACGCCAUCACGAUGGUGUCUGAAGCGCUUCCUUCUCAUAUGGACUACAAAAGACAAGAGGUAAUGACGAAGCUGCAAGCUUUUCUAGACGAGAACGUAUUUUUCCGUACUAUGAGUGAACUCGUCUCCGCGCAAGGACCUCUCUCUGUAUUUUGCCACGGUGAUUGCUGGACCAACAAUUUUCUCUUUCAGGAUGAACCAACCUCAGAUACAGAGGCCGUUUAUCUAGUCGAUUUUCAACUGACGCGGGUCGGCUCACUCGCUCUUGAUCUUGCAAACUUGCUGUAUUGCUGCACAAGUGGUGUUGUUAGGCGGGCUUACAUGACACAGCUUCUUCAACACUAUCAUUCCAAUCUGAUGUCUUCCUUGCGCGUCCUCAAUCCGGAACAGCCGCCGAAAGAUCCAUCUAUCAUGUGGGAAUUAUUAAAGGAAGAAAUGCGGAGAUGCGGACGAUUCGGAUUGGGAUUAGCAUUGGACAUUUUACCGAUUAGCACAUGUGCUAGUGACGAAGCACCGAAUUUGUACGAAACCAGUAGCUCAGAAACUAAUGAGGAGAAACACAAUACCGCAGGAGCACCGCCACCCGGAGGCGCCGAAUGUGCCCGACUCAUGACUGACUUAGUGUUGGAAUUAAUAGACAACGAAGCUUUGUAGAUCAGAUGUCACAUUAUUCAACAACAAUAUAUGUAAUAAUACGUAUAAUGUUAUCAAGUGUGUACAUGUUUUAUAAUGCUCUUAUGAUGUAUCAUUGAAAAAGUGAUAAAAUUCGUUUUACGAAAAA